GUUUUUCUCCUCACGUUUUCCCCAAAAUACGUGCAGUUCACUGUGCACAGCUGAGAGGUUUGCAGCUAGGACAGCUUCAGAUUCCUAAACACUGACUUAUUAUCCACCAAGUUACAAGAUGAGGCCACAGGAGGUUGACGACAAAAGACCAGGUGGAGGGCAACAGGAGGCCGUGGCCAGAGAGGAACUGCGGAAGGCCUUAGAGCAGUACACCUCAGAUACCUUCAGACACACUGACACGGUGAGGAAAUUCUGCAACGUGCACUCUGAAUGGAUUUCUGAGCGGAAGAAAGAGAUUGACAAGAUGAAGGACAUCAAAGACAGGGCGGACAAAAUCGACCUGAACUUCAGCCAUUUCACUAAGUCUGAGAAGAAAGCCCGGGCCCUGUUAGAAUACACAAAGAGCAAGCUGAGUCUAUCUGCAAACAGCAAACGUGAGGAGCUGAAGAAGGAGCUGGCCACUGUGCUGAAGGACUCUCUGGAAGGCUUGGAGAAGCUCGACUCCUUCCUGGAUGCUGUGGAGCGGCUGGCGGUCACCUCACUGCAGGUGUUCAUGGAGGAGAACCAGGUGUUAGAGCUGCCCCGAGAGAUCAGCCUUGAUAGAGUUCAGGCUGUCAUUACUGCUGCAAGGCUGGUCUGCCCACUGCUCCUUGAGUUUAAGAGAGAUGCAAGUGCCUUCUUCCUUCCCAGCAUCCACAAUGUGGAAGUGCUGGCAGCUUAUUUGGACAAAUACAUAUGUAUCACCCAGAAAAUCUGUGAGAAGGUGGAGAAAAGUGCUAUAAGUGAGUUUUCACAGAAGAUGGUUAAGGAAAUGGUGCUUGACCUAACUCUGGAUUUAUCUGAGGACAACAUACAAGCUAUGCUUUGUCAUGUCAGACAGCUCAUUGAUAUCAGGAUGGACCAGCACUUCAGGCUGGUGUUCUUGUUCCAGGAAAUGUCGUGUUCAAAGUUCAUCAGUAAGUUCAGAGACCAAAAAUCCGGGAUGCUGAAGUUUCUGUCCGACCUGGAGGAGACUGCUGUCCAGCUCGACAGAAUGAAGAAGGGGGCGAAUAUUUCUAGUGUGGCAGGCAGCUCAGUGGGGGCAGUUGGAGGUGUGCUUUCCAUCGUUGGUUUGGCCUUAGCUCCUGUCACAGCUGGAGUGUCUUUAGCUCUGACCUUGACUGGGGUCGGGCUGGGAGUGACCAGUGGAGUCAACAGUUUAGUCACGGCAGCCACAGAGACUGGGAUCAACCGCAAAAAUCAAAACAAAGCUAAUGAACUCUUCCAGAAGUUCAUGAAGGAUGUGCAGAGUCUCCAAGAGUGUCUAGAGGAAGUGUCCAGUCAGGUGUUCAACAGAAAUGAGGUGAAUAAAUUGGAUAUGGCCCCGGAAGUUGUCAAAGUGCUCACUAGUGUUUUCACUGUUGGAAAUGCUGUUAGAAAAACCGUUGAUUCCAUUGCUGAUGCUGCCUCUGUGAUUAUAAAAAGUGAUGACCUGAUCCUAAGUGCUGGUAAGGUGGCUGGCCAGCAAGGUAAGGCAUUACGUAACGUACCCAGGGUGGCCUCAGAAAUCCCAGAUAUAGGACAGGCAGCUGCCAGAGGGCCUCUUGCUCUUACCAAGUCAGCCAGAGCUGGUUUCAUCACACUUAAUGCCCUUUUCCUUGGUUUGGACAUCAUCUUCAUCUGUAAAGACAGCAUCAGUCUGGCCAAAGGCAGCAAGAGUGAUGUCUCAGAGUUCAUCAGAGCCAGAGCUGCACUUUGGCGUUCAGAGCUGGACUCAUGGCAGAGGAUCCAUGACUCCCUGCAUCAAGGCCUGGAGACAUCAGAGAAGACCAAAACUAUCCUGGAGAAGCCAUUUUAUCCAGAGCAAGAUGAAUAAACAAAAGUUGAAUAUUAUCCAGUGGAGUAGAAACCUCCACUAGUUCAGACACCAAAAGAAAACCAGGCUUGCAUUAUACAGUAGGCCAGAGUCGGUGAUUGGACAAUGUUUGUGGCUACAAUCAUGUCUUUCCUCUGUGCUAAGUCUAAAAUCAUGUUAGGCCCAUCUGAUGUGAUUGGUGAGAGAUUGUUGAAGAUCA